CUCCUGUUAGUGCGGGCCGAGACCUCCUCCUCCUCACACCUCGCUUUGGUUCCUAGCCCUCCUCUCUCUGUCUUCUGCGUCAUAAUCUCUUCAAAGGCGCUCCCUUUCCUUUGGUCGCCACCCUUUCCAGGCUGAUUUUGGAGAGCGGAGAGGGCGACGGGCGGGGAGGGCACGAGAUCCUUGAAUCCCUGGCCGCUGGAGGCAUGGACUCCGACAGCAUCGAGUGCGUGUCAUCGGUCGAUGGGAUGGACGAGGAGGUGACCUCCCUUCCCCACCGCUCGUCCUUCAAGCCCCACGGCGCCGCCGUCGUCGCCCCUGCCACCAGCGUCCACGAGCUGCUCGAGUGCCCUGUCUGCACCAACUCCAUGUACCCCCCGAUCCAUCAGUGCCAAAAUGGACAUACACUGUGUUCAACAUGUAAAAUGAGGGUGCAAAACCGGUGCCCUACUUGUCGGCAAGAGCUUGGAGACAUCAGGUGUCUAGCUUUGGAAAAAGUGGCCGAAUCACUUGAACUUCCUUGCAAAUAUUACGCACUUGGCUGCCCCGAAAUCUUCCCAUACUACAGCAAAUUGACGCAUGAAGCUCAGUGCAACCAUCGACCGUAUAAUUGCCCAUAUGCCGGAUCUGAAUGCUCUGCCGUAGGGGAUAUCCCUUUCUUGAUUACACAUUUAAGAGACGACCACAAAGUAGACAUGCACACAGGCUGCACGUUCAAUCAUCGAUAUGUUAAAUCAAAUCCAAGAGAGGUUGAAAAUGCCACGUGGAUGCUGACUGUCUUUAACUGUUUUGGGCAUUACUUCUGCUUGCACUUCGAGGCAUUCCAGCUAGGGAUGGCGCCUGUGUACAUGGCAUUUCUUCGAUUCAUGGGUGACGAGAAUGAAGCAAGGAAUUUUAGCUACAGCCUUGAGGUCGGGGCCAACGGAAGGAAGCUGACAUGGGAAGGCACACCGCGGAGCAUUCGCGACGGCCACCGCAAAGUCCGAGACAGUCACGACGGACUCAUCAUACAGAGGAACAUGGCGCUCUUCUUCUCCGGUGGUGACAGGAAAGGACUGAAAUUGAGGGUCAUUGGCAGGAUUUGGAAGGAGCAACAGAACAGUGAUGCUGGAGUUUGCAUGCCAAAACACUGCAGCAGCUGAGACACGCCUAACUGGCCCAUCAAUCUGUAGCAUGAUGAUGGUGCUUUUACCUUGUUAUAUAUUUGUGACACUUUUGUAUCUACAUGUUCUAGUUUUGAUUUGCCAGGAGGUGUUGUUUAAUGUGUGAUAUACAUCCACAAUGACACUUGUGCUGCCAUGAUCUGUGAAAGAGGAACGGUAUCAUUUUGUUGGAUCA